AUGGCUGCAUAUUAUACGUAUAAUUUUUUACCCCCAAUUUCAUCAGAUUUUGAUUCUCUUUUACAUGAUUUUGAACAAGAAUCCAAUCAUGAUUAUGAAUCAUUUGCAUCUGUAUGGCGAAAACAUAAACUUGAAUUACUUUUCAAAUCUGCAGAUAUUCAACCAAAUUCAUUUCGAUUUUUUCUUGAUGACUCGAUGACAGUCGCUGCUGCCUAUCUCGGUGAUCCAUGGCGUUUACCUAUACAACUCGGUGCACUCUAUUGUUUAUUUACAGUAUAUAUGUAUCAAAUAGAAGAACCAAAAGUUAAAGUUCGAUUGACAAUAGAAACUUGGAAUUCUUUUCUUGAUCAGAUAGAAUCUUCAAUAAUAGUACCAGCGGAUGCUAAAGUCAUCCUGUGUAAAUUAAUUCAUGAACAUGCCUUUGCCAUCAGUGCAACACGCCAUGAGAUGGGUCCUCGUUUUUUUACUAAAAUUAAUUAUAUGAAAUCUGGUAAAUAUAUGCGUUCAGAUGUAUUACUUUCAUCACGUUUAAAUAUUGAUGAAAAACUUGUUAAGAUUUGUGAAGAAACACAUAAUUUAUAUACAAAAGCAAAAGAUAGUCUAAUUGAAGCAUACGGUGCUACAGAUAUGUUACCAGAAGAAUUUUCAUCGAUUCGACCAAAUUUUAUUGAACAAUUAAAAAAGAAUUUCGAUAUAGAAGAGUCAGACGAACAACAGCCAGAAGUCGAACCAGAACCUGAAACAAUAAGCAAGCGUCGGUCAUCAAUUGGUAAAUCUCGAAGUCGUAUUCGAGCUAAAGCUGAAAUGAUUGAUCGUCCAACAACGACAACUUCUAUCAAGGAUGAAUUUAUGGGUGAUGAAGAUGAUAAUGAUGAAGCUGAUGAUGAAUUUAAUCAAUCAAUAUAUAUGAAUAAUAGUGAUAAUAAUGAAGUGUCUAGAAAGAAACAGACAACGAAAUCGAAACCGAAACAGCGGCGUUCAAGAAAAAAAUAA